CGCCGCUCUCCCGACAGCCCAUGCGCAGCCGCGCGUCUUUAAGCAACGGAAGAACCAGUGGAUGCGGCAGGGCGUUGGGCGGAAGGGGUUCGCACGCCAAGAACCGCCAUGCCUGGGGAUCACCGCCGCAUCCGCGGCCCUGAAGAAUCGCAGCCGCCGCAGCUGUACGCGGCCGACGAAGAGGAGGCGCCCGGCACCCGCGACCCAACGCGGCUACGGCCCGUGUACGCGCGCGCCGGGCUGCUGAGCCAGGCCAAGGGCUCGGCCUACUUGGAGGCGGGAGGCACCAAGGUGCUGUGUGCCGUGUCGGGCCCGCGACAGGCCGAGGGCGGCGAGCGCGGCAGCGGCCCGGCCGGAGCAGGCGGCGAGGCCCCGGCCGCGCUGCGCGGUCGCCUGCUCUGCGACUUCCGCCGCGCACCCUUCGCGGGCCGCCGGCGCCGCGCUCCCCCGGGCGGCUGCGAGGAGCGUGAGCUGGCGCUGGCGCUGCAGGAGGCGCUGGAGCCGGCUGUGCGCCUGGGCCGCUACCCGCGCGCGCAGCUCGAGGUGUCGGCGCUGCUGCUGGAGGACGGUGGCUCGGCCCUGGCCGCCGCGCUCACCGCCGCCGCUCUCGCCCUGGCCGACGCGGGCGUGGAGAUGUACGACCUGGUGGUGGGCUGCGGCCUCAGCCUCGCGCCGGGGCCCGCGCCCACCUGGCUCCUGGACCCCACGCGGCUCGAGGAAGAGCGCGCCGCCGCCGGCCUCACCGUGGCGCUCAUGCCUGUGCUGAAUCAGGUGGCCGGGCUGCUGGGCAGCGGCGAGGGCGGCCUGACCGAGAGCUGGGCGGAGGCCGUACGCCUGGGCCUCGAGGGCUGCCAGCGCCUCUACCCCGUGCUGCAGCAGAGCCUGGUGCGGGCCGCCCGCCGCAGGGGCGCCGCCGCCCAGCCCUGAACCAGAAGCCUGAGCAACUACGGACGCAAGCCGAGGACCGUGCUGCCGCCGUCCACGAAAAGAUCCGCGCCAUCGGCCUCCAGUCUGCGUCGAGAAUUCCUGGAAGGGCCCUGAUAUGACUGUGGUUGGACUGACCUGACUGCCAGAUGGUGGGACUUGGUCUGGAGCAGAGACUACUUGGAAUGAUAAAGGCAAAACUCAACAGCCCCUGGAGCUGCGCUUGUGGUGGAGCUGGACCCUGAUUUUAGCUGGACCUUUUUUUUAGAGACAGGGUUUCUUUCUGCAGUCUCAAACUCCUAGCCUUGAUUGAUCCUCCUGCCUUGGCCUCCCAAAGUGCUGGGACUACAGGUGCAUGCAACCACACCUGGCUAAUUUUCUUUUCUUCUUUCUUUCUUCUUUUUUUUUUUGAUGGAGUCUUGUUCUGUUGCCCAGGCUGGAGUGCAAUGGUGCGAUCUUGGCUCACUGCAACCUCUGCCUCCUGGGUUCAAUCCAUUCUGCUGCCUCAGCCUCCCAAGUAGCUGGGAUUACAGGCACAUGCCUCCAUACCGGGCUAAUUUUUGUAUUUUUAGUAGAGAUGGGGUUUCGCCAUGUUGGCCAGGCUGUUCUCGAAUGCCUGACCUCAGGUGAUCCACCCGCCUUGGCCUCCCAAAGUGCUGGAAUUACAGGUGUGAGCCACUGUGCCCAGCUGAGUAAAUUUCUUGAUUGCACAGAAUGUACGGUGAUAUUGGCGGACUUAAGGACAUUGAAUUGUUUAUCAGGAAUAAAGUAUUAUGUGUGUUUUCUGCGGCCCUGGAUAAUGCUGUAGCGUUCAGGGUCGAUUGAGUAAAAAACAUUUAGAGAUGGUUUCCUAUUUA